GCUGCCUGAACAAAUUAUUCAAAUGCCGAAUGUUUCAUUAUGAGGCUCUUCGGGAAUGGCCAGUCAUCCCGAGCCAGAUAGUUAGCCCACCCAAAAGACCCAACUACCAAUUCGGCGUUGCACUUAAAAGUGCAUUUUUGCUCAACCUGGUUCCUGGUACCAUUUUCUACGUAUUUUACACACCGAUGCCAGUGUCUUAUAUGUUGUAACACCACGACGGUUAGGAUGGAUUGUCAAUGUGCGGAUACAUCCUUUAUCCCUGAGGACUUCCGUGUUUUCAAAUAUGAAUCUAGGCCGUUCAAAAUUAUCAUGAAACUGUGGUCGAAAGUGGAGCCAAAAUGCUGGUAUAUUGAGUCUUCCAGAGCCCUGAGAGAAUGGAUUGAAAAUAAUAAAGCGGUGUAUGAGACCUGUGAAGAUGGAACAAUCGCUAUCCUUUUCAGCCGUGGUGGCGAUAAAUUCUACUCAAAUCCAUCAAAUCUUCCUGUUUCGAAGGAAGACUUUAGUGAACUCAUUGAAGUAUUUCACAUUCAUCGCACAAUCGCUCGAACAAUCUGCAGGGAGAUCGCAUACUUUUCAAGUAUGUGGCUCUGUACCGAGGGUCCCGAUGUGGAUAAUCUUGUAUACACAGCAAGGAUGAGCCCAGAUUGGGCAAACGAUAUCGCUGUGUCCUCAACUUAUCUAGUACAUAGAAGGCUAAACCUCUCUGUCUUCUAUGGCUGCAGUCAAGAUCAAUCUUUCGAGAUCGAGAGUCGUAUAGCCAGAGCGCGCGGAUCUGUCUAUCACCCGAUAUUAGCACCGGGCAUCUUGGUGGAACUCGAUCGUAGUCGCCUUGUGGGAGAAGUUGAGUUAGUCACCGACUCACUCGUGCUGACCAUGCAAAAGCUGAGUCGCACGACGCGUGACCCUAAGGCUAUCAUGGAUCUUGGUAAAAGCCAUGAAGAACUAUCGGAUUUAUAUAAUGACAGUAUGCAACUAGUCAAGGGUAUUGGAAAGGUCAAGCGCUAUAUAUCCGAUAUAUACAACCACACACGCGACCUCAACGAGGCCUUCGACAAUACAAGAAGGAAGAAAAAGCCGCGCAGGAAGUUGAGCUUUGAUGAUAAAGCUUACUCCAGGUUUGAGGUAUACCCUACCUUGCCGAAUACAGGGGGCCAUAUCUGCGAGCGCCUUCUUGAAAUUGAUGCGGAGUACGACGAAAAGCUUGACCAAUGUCAUUCGAUUCCUAAGAAUCUAAUAUUCGAAACUCAAAUGGCUGCAGAUUUCGCAAAUAUACGCAUAUCCGUUGAAUCACGACAAGAGAAUUCUCAAAUGAGGUCUAUCGCCUUGGUAACAAUGGUAUACCUUCCACUGACAUCGGUCGCGUCCAUAUUCUCAAUGGGAGUCUUCAACUGGAACGUAAACGAGGAGAAGUCCGUGUUGACCUUCUACUUCUGGGUGUACGUAGCCAUAGGAGGCGGUCUUACUCUUGUAACUAUUGGGCUAUGGUGGUAUUUGACUCGGACGCGGAGAAGGGAAGGUGACGUUGAGAAUUUAACAUGAACACUAUAUACCUACUAGGUAGGUACUCUGGGAAUCUGGGUUGCAGGGUCAAUUUUAUAUUCACCGAUAUCAUAUUCUACCUACCCACCUACGUAUCUACCUACCUACCAUAUAUAUACCAAAUGGCAUAUCUCAAAGGUGUGGAUAGUACCUAUUUAUUUAGGAUAUUCAUAUGGUAUCAAA